CAGUCAGUCCUCCACAGGAUAUUUUUACUGGAGUAGGCAGGCUUAAGCAUAUCAAUAUCCAAUCAUCAUCUAAAUUUUAGCAUAGUUAAAUAAAGCUGUUUUUAUUAUUCAAGUUAAAGUUAGAGGUUAUUAAAAAUCAUUGUUAAGGGGGAAAAGAGUUUAGUCUUAAGCUUCUUUGGAGUAUGACCUGUGACUUCAGACUGGGAACUAUACACAGCGGUGCAUUUUCCAAGUUUAAACUUUGUAAGUAUUCUAAUCUGUCUUCGAUUAAGAUUGAAGAUGUGCUCGACUCUCGUUCUCAUGGGCUUGCUUUACGGCUCCAUGUUAGUCCAAGGACAUAUCCUGGGUGGAAACAUUGAUAUCGAAGCCUCUCUGAAUGCUACAGCUCUCAUCCAAUACUGGCAGUACCCUUGUGAAGUGCAUGAAGUUGUGACAGAAGAUGGAUACAUCCUUACUUUAUUCAGAAUUCCACAUGGCAGAAUAAACACCACCAGCGAAGGUCCAAAGCCGGUGGUGUUUCUUCAACAUGGCUUACUUGUAGAUGCCACCAACUGGUACCAGAAUUUUCCCCAUAGCAGCUUGGCCUUCAUGUUAGCUGAUGCUGGCUAUGAUGUUUGGCUAGGAAAUAGCCGAGGAACCAGUUGGUCUCGAAAACACACCUCUCUUUCUCCCAAAUCAGAGAAGUUUUGGGCAUUCAGCUAUGAUCAUAUGGCUAAAUAUGACCUUCCAGCAUCAAUAGAUUUUGUUCUACGGCACACUCAACAGCAGCAAGUGUAUUAUAUUGGCCAUUCACAAGGAACCACUAUCGCUUUUAUCGCUUUUUCUACCAAUCGCCAUUUGGCUGCAAAAAUCAAGAUGUUUGUUGCCUUAGCUCCUGUUGCAACAGUUAAGCAUGCAAAAACUCCUCUGGCAAGACUUUCUCUACUUUUUGAUUUUCAAAUCAAGGAGCUGUUUGGAACUAAAGAAUUUUUGCCAAAGGAUUAUUUUCUCUCUUCAGUUGCCGCUGGAUUUUGCAGCCGGAAUGCACUUGCACCCCUAUGUAGCAACCUCCUAUUCAUAGUGUGUGGAUUUAAUGAAUACAACUUAAAUAUGAGUCGAGUAGAUGUAUAUGUAUCACAUGCCCCAGCUGGAACGUCUGUACAGAAUAUUAUCCAUUGGAAACAGGCAGUCAAAGGAGGCAAAUUACAAGCCUUUGAUUAUGGACACAAAAAAAACCAAAUUCAUUACCACCAGGCCGUACCUCCUGAAUACAAUAUAACGGACAUGAAUGUGCCAACUGCCAUUUGGAGUGGCGGACAGGAUUGGCUCUCUGGCCCUAGAGAUGUUUCUGCCCUAAUUCCCAAAAUCAAGAAACUAAUUUUCCACAGAUCUUUUCACGAGUGGAAUCAUUUGGAUUUUGUGUUUGGCCUUGAUGCAGCUGAAAAAAUGUACUAUGAUAUCAUUGCCUUGUUUCAGAAGAAUCCCUAACCAUGUUUAUCACUUAGGUACUGCAGCUAGAACUGCAGCCACAAAGUUGUGAGUUUGGUCCCAGGGCUCCGGAUUUGACUCAGCCUUCUAUCCUUUUAGAGGUCGAUAAAAUCCAGCUUGUUGAGGGCAAUUGGCUUACAUGUUGUAAAUUGCUUAGAGAUUUCAGUAUGAAGUGGUAUGGACAUGUAAAUGCUAUUUCUAUUGCUAUCAAAAUAAAGAACUCACACAACA